UCAGAGCUUCGCGCUUUACAAGCAAAAGUCCGGAAAUACAGAAACAAAGGGACCUGCUGUGAAAUCGAAGCAUCUCUGUUCUCAGUAAAUAAUUUGUCCUUACAGAGCAAUAAUGGUGAACUGCUGUGGUCUGUUAACUGCGCGAAAAGAACCAGUUCCUCUAAAGAGCAUCGAGGUGGAGCUGCAGGUGAGGGACCAUGUAGCUACAGUGGUUUCCACUCUGAACUACGAGAACAAGGAGGACAAACCAGUAGAAGCUGUUUUUGUCUUCCCUCUGCCUGGAGAUGCAGCUGUGUGUCAUUUCAGUGCAAAGGUUGGACAGACACAUAUUGUAGCUGAAGUGAAGGAGAAACAGCAGGCUCGAGAGGAGUAUGAUGAUGCUUUGAGCUCUGGUCAGCAGGCCUUCCUGUUGGAGGAGAGUGAUCAGAGUCCAGAUAUAUUCUCUCUGAGUGUGGGCAGUCUGCCUCCAGGAGAGAGCGCCUCCAUCAGGCUGGAGUACGUCACUGAGCUGGCUGUGCAGGCUGAUGAUGGGCUGAGGUUCUGUCUGCCUGCUGUCCUCAAUCCUCGCUACCAACCUCAGGGUAGCAAAGAUGUCAGUGUCCAGGUGACGUCAGUUCCAGCCUCUCUGGUUCCCUACAGUCUGUCCUUUUCUGCCCGAGUCUCCUCUCCUCGUCCAGUCUCUAAAGUAGAGUCCAGUUGUUCCCUGGAGCCUCUUCAGCACCUCAGCACUGAUCAGACACAGGCCAUGGUUAAGUUGGCUGCAGGACACAAGUUUGACAGAGAUGUUGAGCUGCUGAUUUAUUACAAAGAUGCCCACCAGCCCACUGCUGUGGUGGAGGCAGGACAGGCCUCUGCAAAGCCUGGAACUCUGAUGGGUGAUCCAGUGGUGAUGGUGAGCCUGUACCCUGAGUUCCCCCAGUCUGUGAUGUCCUCACUCGCCUCAUGUGGGGAGUUUGUGUUCUUAUUGGAUCGAUCAGGAAGUAUGGACUGUUCCAUCAAUAACAGCAAGCGGCAAGAAACUCGCAUUAGCAACGCAAAGGACACUCUGCUGCUCCUGUUGAAGAGUUUACCAAUGGGCUGCUACUUCAAUAUCUACAGUUUUGGGUCCAGAUUUGAACACAUCUUCCCUAAGAGUGUAAAGUACAAUGAGAAGAACAUGAAGAAGGCUCUGAAGAAAGUUGAGGAGAUGCAGGCUGACCUGGGAGGAACAGAGAUCCUUGAGCCCCUCGAACACAUUUACAAGCAGCCCUGCAUUCCCAAGCAGCCCAGACAGCUGUUUGUCUUCACUGAUGGAGAGGUGGGGAACACCAAAGAAGUUAUUGAUCUGGUUAAGAAGAAUGCAGGUUCCCACAGGUGUUUCUCUUUUGGGAUUGGAGAAGGAGCCAGCUCUGCUCUUAUUAAUGGGUUGGCCAAGGAGGGAGGAGGUCAUGCUCAGUUCAUCACAGGGACUGACAGGAUGCAGCCAAAAGUGAUGCAGUCGCUGCGGUUUGCACUGCAGCCAGCUGUGGAGGACAUCUCAGUAACAUGGGAUUUACCAAAGGGAGUGUCAGCCACUGUCCUCUCUCCACCAAUCACAGCAAUUUUCCAGGGGCAGAGGUCACUGAUUUAUGCCCAGCUCACUGGACAGUGUUUAGAGGCAGCAGAGGGCUGUGUGAUGGUGAAGUACAGCCUCGCAGGUCAUCCCUCUCAGAACCAGCUGCACUUCCAUCUCAAACCAGCAGAGGACACUGGAUUAACAAUCCACAGGUUGGCUGCUCGUACUCUGAUUCGCUGCCUGGAGUUGGAGGACAGAUCUGACAGAGGACAGCAAGAUGAAGGAGUGAAGAAGAAGGUGGUGGAGCUCAGUGUCCAAUCAGGAGUGAGCAGUUCUUUUACUGCCUUCAUUGCUGUCAACAAAGACAGUGGCGAGUCGAUUCAAGGACCUCUGGAACGCAGAAAUAUUCCAACACCAAGGUUUUAUGGACAGACAUUGAGUUGUUCUCCAAAGAGGAAGUUAGGUGCAGGGUGUAAGAAGCGAUUUCUCGGUUCAGCUUCAGCACCAAUGAUGCUGCUGUCUUUAUCUGUAGAUAAAGCUGUUGCUCCCCAGCAGCCCCUCAGAGAGCCUCUUCUGCAGUUGGUGUCCCUGCAGAAGGCGUCUGGUAGUUGGAUGCUGGAGGCUCCUCUGGCCUCUGCACUGGGAAAGACCAGUGACGAGGUGGAGAAGUUAAAGCCUGCAUUGGUUAACAAGGAGGUGUGGGCCACCAUUCUGGCUCUGAUCUGGCUUCAUGGUUUCAAGAUGGAUGUAAAGGAGGAGUGGGAGCUUCUGGCCAUGAAGGCUGCAUCAUGGCUCCGUGCUCAGAAUGGACCAUGUGUGACAGAGUGUGUGGAAGCAGGAAAUGCACUGCUGGGCUGCAGCGUGCAGAAAGACGCUCUGGGGCUCUGAAGUUAACGUUAAAGAGGCUUCAUUUACAGGAUUCUUACACAGAAGCAGAUUUACUAAAUCACACAGCUUUCAGAAUGUAUAUUACUCUUUGCAGCAUCUGUCUUUAUAAUGUGCCUUACUAUAACUGCACUGUAUGCAUCAGCCACCAGAGUUCUUAAAGAAAGGUUUUGUUUUUGCUUUUUUAAUGUUUCUUUGUAUCUGGAUGUUUUACUAAAAGACAGAUGCAUGAAUCGUGCAUAUAAAUAAAAAAAAGAGUGAGAAUUUGUUUAUUAUUAUUAUUUUACUCAUGUCAGCUUAAGGUU